AUGGCAACACCCAACCCCAAGCCCUUCCCCUUCCACAUAACCGAACACACCAUCCCCUCCCAACACAUUCGAGAAUUCCCCCGCGCAACAUCCAACUCCCAAGAAGACAUCCUCUACAUCAGCAUCAAGCAAUACACCCCCAUCGACAACCCCGCCCCCCAACCAGGCGACAUAACCAUCCUCGGCGCCCACGCCAACGGCUUCCCGAAGGAGCUCUACGAGCCGCUAUGGGCCGACCUGCACGCUCGCUCCAAGGCUCACGGCAUCCGCAUCCGCGGCAUCUGGAUCGCCGACGUCUCUAACCAGGGGUACAGCGGGCAAAUCAACGAAUCCGCCCUCGGCAACGACCCCUCCUGGCACGACCACGCGCGCGACCUGCUGCACCUAACCAACGUCUUCCGCGCCUCUAUGCCCCGUCCCAUCGUCGGCGUAGGCCACUCCUUCGGCGGCGCCGUGCUAACCAAGCUCUCCCUGCUGCACCCGCGACUCCUCACCACCCUAGUCCUGCUCGACCCGACCGUAACAGAAUUCACCUUUGGACGUUUCGGCCCCGGCAAAUCCGCCGCCCGCGCAUCCACCUUCCGCCGCGAAACCUGGCCCUCGCGCGCCGCGGCCGCCGAAUCCUUCCGGCGCAGCCCCUUCUACCGGACCUGGGACCCGCGGGUGCUCGACGCGUGGAUCGCGCACGCGGUGCGCGAGACGCCUACCGCGUUAUUCCCCGACCCGGAGAAAGACGGCGGGGCAACACUGCGCACGACCAAGCACCAGGAGGUAUUUACGUUUUUCCGCCCGCUGUGGCCGUACGUCGACCCUGUUACGCGGGAAGUCGACCGCGACGGGGCCCCGGAUUUCGACCCGGACGUGCAGGCUCAGCUUCGGGAUCCGGCCAGCGUGUUUCCGUUCUACCGGUCCGAAGGAGGGAGUAUCCUCAAGCUAUACCUGAGGUGCGGCCGUCCGUGCUCUGGGUCUUCGGCGGAGACAGCGAAGCUAGGCGUCCCGGAAGGCCGCAAGUUGAAGACGGAAACCUGUGGGAUUGGAGAAGGGGGCAGCGGUGGUCUUAAGCUGGGGCGGGUGGACCAGGUCGUCUUAGAGGGACGCGGCCACUUAUUUCCGAUGGAGAUUCCGGAUGAAUGCGCGAAACAUGCAGCGACGUGGAUAGGAAAAAGAGAUGGUGCGGUGGAGAGAGAAGGAGCGUGA